CUCUCUUUCCAUCUACUUUUCUGUCUCUCUCUUUCUCUCUUUUUUUUUUCUCUCGAGCCCUUCCUCGAUAUGCAUCAGCGACCUGCCUUAAUGUAGCGUGCAUAUGUAAUAACGAUUAGCCUAUGCCGGAUACAAUGACUCGAUGAACGACAAACAGCAUGCACGUUCAACUUAUAUGUACAUGUCCAUGUGUUUUAUGUACAAACAUAUGUAUGUACAUUGGCCGUUGACCCGUAACCUUAAAAUUCGAGUUCAAUGAUAGAUUCAUUUAUACACAUCGUAUGUUAUUUGUGGAACGCUCGAAAUACGAAGUUAUAAAAGUGUAAACAAUAACAAGCUCGAUGGCUCUGAUAGAUCAGUCGAUUACGAAACUUUGAAGCGUCAAUAUCGUAACUCUCUUAAUAUUUAUUCGCGUACUAUUAUUUCUCGAAUUAUCUAAUUUUAUACGUCUUGCACAAGCACAUCGAAUUUUAGGAUCAAGGAUUAUUGUAUUACUUUCGCAUUGGAAUAAUCGAUAUUAAUCAUUUUCAAAUAUCUUUUGCUUUUUAAAUUACAAUCGAACUAUUGUUGUUUAUUCGUAUCUUUUCUAUACACGUGUUUCGUAGGCGGCAAAUAAUCGACCAAUCAAAUCACAGCCGCCAUGACACUUUUGUUAUUCGCGGGAUCAACACAACGUCACCUAUCUACAUGAUAAUAGUUUUGUAUUCGAACGACAAACGUGUACUCGAUCGGUUAAAUAGCUGUACUGUAAUUUUUUUAAAUUUCUUUCGGCUUCUAUAUAUUAACCUAUAUACGAUAUUGUAAUAAUAUUAAUAUAUUUUCUUAAAAUAUUUUCUACGUUUCGUGAAGAACGUGGGACUUCUUCUUAAUUUAAGUAUUCCGAACGUAUCCGUGUUACCACUACUAUAUUCGUAGUAUUUUAUUUGCUUAUAUUUUUAUUAAGAAUAUACCAGCAGUUCCGUUAUAAGCCAAACUGACUUAUCUACAAAGCAGCCAUUUAAGUUUUCAGUGUCUGAAAUUAACCCCCCCAAGCGUAGCUUGGGCGGAAUUCGUAUCGUAACACAUUACAGUUUAUAAUGCAUUUUGUAAGACGAUUUAUACAAAAUAUUUACAUUAUUCUUUUGAGAGUGUAAUUUAAUUACAAACGAGAAAGAAAAUGUUGAGAUUUCUUUCGCGACGACGAGCUCGUAGUGUAACUGGGCAAAACACCUCGUCCCAGAUUAAAAAUCAGAGGUUACUUAGCAAUAAAAAUGUUGUGCAAUGUAGAGUUGUUUUAUUAGAUGGAACUGACUUGCCUAUAGAAUUAUCGAAAAAAGCUCUAGCCAGUGAUUUAUAUGAACAGGUAUUUUAUAGUUUAGAUCUGAUAGAAAAAGAUUAUUUUGGAUUGCAAUAUACGGAUAGUAAUAACGUCCAACAUUGGUUGGAUCCAACAAAACCGAUAAAAAAACAAGUAAAAAUCGGACCACCGUAUACACUUAGACUCAAAGUAAAGUUUUAUUCUUCAGAACCAAACACAUUGCGCGAAGAAUUAACUCGGUAUCAAUUUUUUUUACAAUUAAAACAGGAUGUAUUAGAAGGUAAACUUCAUUGUCCACAUCAAGUGGCUGUUCAGUUAGCUGCCUUAGCUCUUCAAUCUGAAUUAGGUGACUAUGAUCCAACUAUGCAUAGUGCUGCAACGGUAUCUGAAUUCAGAUUUGUCCCGGGGCAAACAGAACAAAUGGAAUUAGAAAUACUUGAAGAAUAUGCCAAAUGUUCGGGUCUUAGUCCAGCACAAGCCGAAUCGGCCUAUCUUAGUAAAGCAAAGUGGUUAGAUAUGUAUGGAGUUGAUAUGCAUACAGUUCUUGGCAAAGAUGCAUGUGAAUAUUCGUUGGGUUUAACGCCAACCGGAAUACUUGUUUUUGAAGGGAUGCAGAAAAUUGGCUUAUUCUUCUGGCCAAAAAUUGGUCGUUUAGAUUUUAAAAAGAAAAAGUUAACAUUGGUAGUGGUAGAGGAAGAUGAUGAAGGAAGAGGAGAACAGGAGCAUACGUUUGUUUUUAGACUAGUCAAUGAGAAAGCAUGUAAGCAUUUGUGGAAAUGUGCAGUAGAACAUCAUGCCUUCUUUCGUUUACGUGCUCCUGUCAAGGGUACAAGUGGUCGUCAAAACUUUUUCCGCAUGGGAUCACGUUUUCGUUAUAGUGGAAAAACAGAAUUUCAAACUACUCAAUUAAAUCGAGCUCGCCGUACUGUUCAAUUUGAACGCCGACCGAGUCAAAGAUACGCGCGUCGACAAAGUCAUGUUUUACGAGAACGUCAACGCCAACAAGUAGAUCAGUUACAACAACCACUUACUACCGAAGAAGAACCUCUGCAACGUCAGCCAAGUCACGCUAGUACAAAAUCGUCAGAUUCCAGUGUUCAAGGGGCAUCAUCGCCUUUGGUAGAUUCUUUGUUGAAAUCCCUUGCUAAAGAUCAACAACCUCUCGAACCAAGAAAUCAAACAGCAGUUGUUAAUACUGAAAAAGAAUCUGAACCUGUUAAAUCUACAUUACCCGUCGACAAUAUAGCUAAUCAAGUGCAAUUAGUACCUAAUAAUCAAGUUGGUGGUAGUUCAUCUUUACCACCUCGUACUCCGAUACCACCAGAAUCACUUAAAUGUAAUAUAUUGAAAGCAAAAUCCCUUGAACAGGGUAAAAAUUCUAAUUUAAUUUCUAUUACAUCUGUGGAUCAAUCUGCAGUUACAGUCAAAAAUAGUCAGCAUUCUGAUGCAGCAACUAUCGUUUCAGUGGGUGGAGACAAAUUAACACUUUCUGUUAGUGGAGCUGAAGUAAGCCCAUCAUCAGAUUCCACUGUAACCGUAACACAUUUCUCCUUGGACAAUUGGGGCCAAAUAGAACAAACAACUACACCAUUCAACCCAAAAUCAAAUCAAUCUCAAAAUCCAUUCAAUCCAUUUACUACUGAUAGCAAGAGUGAAGUAACUAAUGAUGGUUCUGAUACUACUGAUACAGUCAGUACAGAAGAUGAAAAGAAAAAGAAUACAAAUCCUUUUAUAGAUUCUAAUCCAUUUUUGGGUUUACUAAACCCAUUUAAAGAAUUACAACCUACAGUGGAAAAGAAAAAUGAGCCAGAUACUACUGAUAAAACAACUCAAGCAAGAGUUGUUAAAACUGAAGAGAUUCAAACUAUAAGAACAACAAUUACACACAAGGAUGAUAGCCCAGCUGUAUCUGAUAUCAGUCCAUGGUUGGUAGCAGAUCCAUCUCAAGCUGCAACAACAGAACAAUCUCCAGGCAAACAAACAGUCAUAACUAGAAAAACGGUAAUAACCACACAGCUAUAAAUCGAUAAUUAUAUAUUUGUUAUUUCCUUUUAUUUUUACUCCCAACACAUUCCUAUUAUAUACUUGAUGAAAUAAUGGCAGCAAAUUAAUAUGAUUUUUUUUCAGUUUAUUUAUUUGUUUUUCAUCUUGUUUAGUUUUUAUUUCUUUUUAAUUUUUUUUUUUUAUAUAUAUAUAUAAAUAGAUCACAUAAAUUUAUAAUUUCCAAAUAAGUAAAGAAAUACGUGUGAUAAAGUAUUUGACAGAAGAAAAAGGUAUUUUUUAUAGUAAUAAGUAGGUCAUAUGACUUUAAAAUGAAGUUUGCAUUUAUAUAUUAUUUAAAAAAAAAAAAAAAAAAAAGAAAAC